AUGGCGCUUCCCAAGGGCAUGCGCUACUUGGCUGGCGCCACUUUCUGCAUCUUCAUCUACCUGUUCGUGCAGAUCCUCAAGGCGCCAGGUUCCGAGACACCCGUCGAGAUUCCGAGCAAGCUUCCGACCAACAAAGUCGGCGAUUGGGACCACGACCCUCAGUUAGAUCCCUCCGGCGAACCUCCUGAGCCGCUGCGACGAGUUGACGGCAACAACUACGCCCCGAACAAUCCCACAAGCGCGCGCAUCAACGCCACAAUCCUUAGCCUGGUGCGCAAUGAAGAACUCCAAGACAUGCUACAGAGCAUGCGCGAUCUCGAGCGCACAUGGAACCACAAGUUCAAUUACCCCUGGACCUUCUUCAACGAUAAGCCCUUUACUGAAGAGUUCAAAAAGGCCACGCGAGCAGCCACCAAUGCUGAAGUGCGAUACGAGCUAGUCCCUGCCGAACACUGGGACGUACCCUCGUGGAUCAACAUGGACUUGUAUGAGGAGUCUGUUUCUCUGCUCAAGUCGCUGGACGUGCAAUACAUGGACAAAAAGUCGUACCACCAAAUGUGUCGGUGGAACAGCGGAAUGUUCAGCGAGCAUCCUGCGCUGAAGGACAUCCAAUACUACUGGCGCGUGGAGCCUAACGUUCACUUCUUCUGCGAUGUCGACUACGAUGUCUUUGCAUGGAUGCAGGACCACAACAAAACAUACGGAUUCAAUAUCAACAUUUACGACAGCCCCGAUAGCGUCGCGACAUUAUGGCCCGAGACAAAGAAAUUCAUCGAGGAUAAUCCAGGAUACGUUCAUCCGAACAAUGCGCGAGAGUGGUUGGAAGACGACAAGCGACGGCCUGAGAACAACCAGAAAGCACACGGGUACUCAACCUGCCACUUCUGGUCCAACUUCGAAAUCGGCGACCUGAGCUUUUGGAGAAGCAAAAAGUACCGUGACUACUUCGACCAUCUUGAUCGUGCUGGAGGCUUCUUUUACGAACGCUGGGGCGAUGCGCCGGUACACAGUGUCGCAUUAGGAUUGUUCGAAGAUAAGAGCAAGAUACAUUGGUUCCGAGACAUCGGAUAUCAGCACAUACCCUUCUUCAACUGCCCGAACAGUCCAAAGUGUUCUGGCUGUGUUACUGGUCGGUUCACAGACGGUGAGAAGUGGUUGAACCGGGAAGACUGUCGACCGCUGUGGUUCAAAUAUGUUGGCAUGGACUGA